AUGUUGAAGUUACUCUUCCAUAUGGAGUUGUGGGUGGUGUUGUUGGGAGCAAUAGUUGUGGGUUAUGUGUUGGGUAGUGAUGGUUGCUUCCAAGAAGAGAAGGGUGCUUUGUUGGAUUUGAAGGGCAACGAGUCAUUGCUAGCUUCGUGGGUGGAUGAUCCAAAGAGCAAUUGCUGUGCAUGGGAACGCGUCACAUGCGAUUCCUCUUCUGGCCACGUUAUCCAUCUUGCUCUUGGGGAUCUAUACAUUGGUGAAAAGGAAGCAGACCCACACAUAAAUGAUGAUGGCAAGUCAACGUUGAUGAAAUUGGAGACAUUAGAUCUUAGUUUCAAUUUUUUCAAUGCGAGCAUAAUGGAACUCGUGGGUGCUCUCCCAUCUAUCAAGACUUUAGUUCUUGCUGGUAAUUUUAUAGGUGGACCAUUUCUUAUGAAAGAAUUGUCACUUCUACCAAACUUGGAAGUGUUGGAUUUGAGUUUCAAUCGUAUUGGCAAUGGCAGCCUCUUUGCAACUCAAGAAUUGUCACUUUCACCAAACUUGGAAGUGUUGGAUUUAAGUGUGAAUCGUCUUGUUAGCCCCGUCACAACUGAAGAUGCUCACGUUGUUUUCCAUGUAUUAAAGAAGUUGAAGACACUCGACUUAACUGCCAAUAAUUUUGACAAAAGAAUACUCAAGUCCUUAGUUGCUUUCUCUACUCUGAGAUCCUUGUGCCUAAGUUAUAAUCCAAUCAAAUGGGGUUUAAAUGACAAAGUUUUGGCUAAUCUGAGCAAGUUGGAAGUUCUUCAGCUAAGUAAUUCAGGUGUCACUGGAUAUUUCCCAAACCAAGUUGUUGGUGACGAAGUGGUGUUUCCUGCAACGAAAUCGAAGGAUCAGCAGACAAUGGAUUUUCUUCGAGUUUUGAAGUAUUCUACUGGAGGAGUUCUUGAAUUAUGUUAUGUCAUGAGUAUUGGUGAAGCAGAGGAAUUUUCUGAAAGGUUGAAGAGAGAGCUCCAGGAUCUAGAAGCAGCAAAUGUGCAUUCUAUUUUAGAAAGUGAACUUUUGAUGGAUGAGAUAGAAACCCGCAAUAAUAACCUGGAAAUGCAAUCGGUAAAUAACAAAUCUCUCAUUGAGGAGCUUGAUAAGCUUCUUGAGCGAUUGUGUGUGCCUUCUGAAUAUGCAGCAAGUUUGACAGGAGAUGAAAGUGAAGAUCUUGCAUGGCAUGCUGUUUCUUCGUGGACUUGGGAUGCACAGGAUGAAACAUGUGGGAUUUGUAGGAUGGCCUUUGAUGGAUGUUGUCCUGACUGUAAGCUUCCUGGGGAUGACUGCCCGCUGAUUUGGGGUGCAUGCAAUCACGCAUUUCAUUUGCACUGUAUCCUCAAAUGGGUGAACUCUCAGACAUCACAAGCGCAUUGUCCCAUGUGCCGUCGUGAAUGGCAGUUUAAAGGAGACACAUGAGAGUUUUUUUUUUUUUUUUUUUGUUAUUCUUUAAAAGGGUAAGCACUGACCAUUGUAAAUCGGUCUAGUAAAUUAAUAUGGAGACACUUCUGCAGUUUUUCCAUGCGUAUAACAUGUAUUUGGCUUCUUAUUAGCUAAUGAGUACUUCAGUGUAUUUUAUCCUUUCUGGUAAGGAGGUGAUCAAAUUCAAAGUUUCUGGAAAUGCAAUUUUAUUUUUGUCA